AUGUCUUCCCCUUCGUCCCGCGCGUGGAUUAUCAUCGCCAUCUUCUUCUUCUGCCCUCUCACCGGAGCCCCCUAUCCUGAACCGACUCCUCUAGAACAGAUGCUCAGCUUCAGUUUGGAGGAGACGCUGUACGCGGUGAACGAAGACAAGGGAUCUCUAGAGAUAUGUGUCACUGGAGAAUUGACGGGGGAUUCUGCCCAGCUUUACUUCGUGGAUGGCUCUGCGACAAUGAAUGUGGAUUAUAAACCGCCAGGAAUGGUAGCAACUCUACUAUUUGCACCAGAUGCCAGCAGGGGUAGUGGAGAGUUAGCCAGUGGCUCAGGCAUUACUGACACCCAAAACCUCACGUCCACACCCCAGCCGGGAUUACUGACACUAGAGCGUCGGUGCGCUAUUGUGGAGAUAGUGGACGACUCUAUAGCUGAGCCCAGGGAGAGCUUCACUGUCGUCCUUGACUCCAGCAUCAACAUAGGCACCAAUGUUGCUGAGGUUCACAUCAUUGACAAUGAUGUGAUAGUGAUAGGUCUGGAGAAGACAGAGUACACUGGCUAUGAAGGGGAGGAUGUCAUGGUGUGUGUGACCGUGGAGGAGGGAGGAGACAUGGACAGUGUUCCGUUUGACUUUGUCAUCACCUCCGUGCCUGACACACCGCUCUCUGCACAACCAUCCUUUGAUUACGUGAUAUCGGUAGGGGAAUACCCGUUUCUCUCCGGGCUCCCCGACACGUGUCAUAACAUCACGAUACUCGACGACGAGCUAGCUGAACCCGUGGAGACCUUUAGGAUGGAGGUCAUCCAUCAAGACGAGCAAUUGGACUCGAUAGAGAUCAGCACCAGCUCUGCGGUAGUCCACAUCAUCGACAAUGACAAUGUGACAGUCUCCCUGGCAGAGGCUCAGUACACUGUUGGGGAAGAAGAUGAAGAGGUGACAGUCUGUGUCCAGUUGGAGGAGGGAGCUCUGGGUGGUAUAACUGCCACCGUCGACUACCAAAUACUGCCUGGCUCAGCAUCACUUGCUGACUACCUUGGUCCGAGGGUUGGUAGUCUGUCACUAGGACCAGAAGCGGUGACAGGAGAUACAGCAUGUCUCACCAUCCCUCUGGUGAAUGACAGCAUUCCUGAGUCACCGGAGACACUGACACUCUCGAUACGACCUUCCUCUGCGUUUGUAGUGAUUGGAGCCAACAGCUCUGCUACCAUCACCAUAAUUGACGACGAU